CCUCUAUAUAAACUCGUUGACGAAAGUCGGACUCGAGGGGCUGUCGAGUAAUACAAAAGUUGUUGGAAGCGCCUGGAAGCGCCCACCAAGAACCGCCACGUGAAGGUCUCGGACGGCAACACCUCCCUUCUUCCUGCUACGUUCUCGACCUCCAAUGAGGCCCAUUUGUCUCAGCGCAUUAUGUUUUCUGGUCCUAGCACAGGCUGCAGAGACUCAAAUUGGGGACCAGAAAAUAGAUAGGACUGUUCAACUUCGAACGCACUCUAUAUUCGCGCCAUACAUAGACCAAGACCUUCAAAAUCGGUGGUGGGACUUUGGAGCAGAUGCAUACAUAAACACCAAUAAACAUAUCCGACUUACUCGAGCAGACUCGUCACAAAUGGGAUGGCUCUGGUCGCGGCUACCGCUAACAGCAACAAACUAUGUCGUAGAAGUCGAAUUCAAGAUUUCUGGAGACAACUCAUUAUACGGAGAUGGUAUGGCCUUAUGGUUGACCCAAGAGCGAACGGAACCUGGUCCGGUCUUUGGAAACCGAAACCAAUUCCAUGGCUUGGGGAUUUUCCUAGACACGUAUGCGAAUGCACGGCACACCUUUUCUUUGCCUCGCGUAAUUGGCUACGUUGGCGACGGCGAACACGAAUAUAACUACAACAAUGAUGGUGACGGGCAGGAAAUCGGAGCAUGCUCGGCCAACUUCAGACGCACAAAUGUUGCUACGAAACUCAAAGUAACCUACGUCAAAGGAAAGUUCCUUGAUGUCAAAAUCCAGUACAAAGCAUGGGAUGACUGGUCUGACUGUUUCCGUGUUGAGAAUAUAACUCUCCCUAGCCUUCCUUACUUGGGUUUCUCUGCCAUGACAGGAGACGUGUUUGAUGCUCAUGACAUCAUCGCUGUCACAACAUACUCUGCACUCACUUCAGGUCCCGACGCACACAAACUCAGUUCGAGUUACAACAAUUCCUCCUCAGGCUCUUGGUCAGGCUUUUUCUUCAAGCUUUUCUUAUUCGGUGGUGUCUGUGCUGGUGGGUAUUAUGGAUGGAAGGAAUACCAGAGGCGACAGGGGUAUGGUAGAAUGCCUAAAUUUGGGGGUGGGGGGUUCGGUAGUGGCCUGUAUCAGGAUAGCAAGAGGUUCUGAGCUUACCCCGGGGGUUCUUAUCGGAUUUAUUGUUUGCUGUAUCGCUAAUGUCACUCGAAACUAAUCUUGCACAAAGGACCCGUUGUGCGUUGAACUUGGGAC